AUGAACGAUGACGCUGACGCUGACGACGACGACGUCGUCAAGGACGCGACGCUGGCAUCCUGGAGCUGGGCAGCGGCUUCACUGCUGGGCGCCUGGUCCUCUGCGCUCAUCUUCUUCCCGCGGGCCUUGCUCUUCGCCGCAGAAGAGGGCCAGACGCUGACCCCGCUCGAGGGCUUCCUCGCGCUUCACUUUGGCAUCCUUCUCGCAGCCGUGUCCCUCGCCCUCAUUCUCAACAUUCCGUCUGCCCAGCCCAUUCCCCAGCGGCUUCAGCACACGCCUCCCUCCCACCCGCUCCUCGUCCCUCUCACUUCCGUAGCUCUCCUCAGUGCCUUUCUCUCGUACAACACCCGCACCGCGGGAUCCCUCCCCUUCCUCUUCUCCCUCUGCACAGGCACCGUCGGCAUAUGGGGCCUUUGGGCCGUCAUCUUCGCAGGUCCAACGCGUGUUUCGCACAAGACGGGCGCCGACAAGCACACGAGCGCGUUCAUCUUUGGGAACAAGGCUGCUGCAUCGGUGCAGAAGCGAUACUUUCAAAGAAAGAACGCCAGGGGGCCACAGAAAUGA